GUAUUUUUAAUUUUGUUCUUAAAUUCAUUUGAAUUAUAUUAUUUUUCGCGACGUAAAAAAAACAAUGGACCUUUGGCAGGGCAUGCUAAAAGCGCGCAAAAUGCAGCUCCCACCACUCGAGGAAGAAGAGGGUACUGCCAACGCAAAAAAGGAUCACGGCUCAUCAGAUCAGCUUCAGCCACUUCCCUGGAGCGACUACUUUGAAUCGCAACAGCAAAUAGACAUAGAAGACGCUCGCUUCAAUGUAUAUGCCAGUGGUCUUCUGCACACUGAUGGCCCCAUCUUUAUGUUUCACCACGGUGCCGGACACUCGGGUUUGACGUUUGGCCUGGUGUGCAAACACAUCCGCCAGACCGUGCCCCAGUCGACAGUCAUAGCGCCCGAUGCUCGCGGCCACGGAUCUACUACAGGAAAGCACCAGGAUCUUAGUCUAGACCGUCUGGUAGCCGACUACAUUGAGAUUGCCCGUGCAAUGCUCGGUGAAAAUUCCGAGCGAGAAAUUAUUUUAGUUGGGCACAGCAUGGGUGGCGCGGUCAUGACGCAUGUCGCGGCAUCAAGAAAACUUUCGCCAAUCCGCGGCCUGAUUCUUAUCGAUAUUGUCGAAGGCACAGCUCUGGACUCGCUGCAUGCCAUUCCGUCUUUUAUUGCCGCCAGGCCCCAGUCAUUUGCCUCCGUAUCAAGUGCAAUUCAGUGGCACAUUGACUCAGGAGCCAUCCAGAAUCUCGAGUCUGCCCGCCUCUCUGUGCCGUCACUCAUUGUGCAGGAUGGCAGUAGAUGGUCAUGGAAAACACAGCUAAUGCCCACAGAACAAUAUUGGCAAGGGUGGUACACGGGGUUGUCAAAGACGUUUAUUAGUGUGCCGACUGCCAAGCUGCUAAUUCUUGCUGGUUCGGAUCGGCUGGAUAAGGAACUGCUGAUUGCGCAGAUGCAGGGCAAAUUCCAGCUGGAUCUCCUGCCAGCCGCCGGUCACACCAUUCAGGAGGACCUGCCUAAUAUGGUUGGCGAUGCUAUCAUACUGUUUUGGAAACGCAACCAGCCACUAAACAUUCCUGUCCGUCAGCAAUGAUAAUAUAAAUUAGAAUAUGUAAAAUUGAAGCGUUAAACAAAAUGAAG